CUUAUAUAUACCUCCCAUCUCUGUCUUUUAUUUCGUUUCUUGUACUUUAUUGCUUUCUCUGUUUUGCGUUUUCCAAUCAUUUUGCCAAUUACUCCGCCAGCUGUUCUCCCAAUCACUUUUCCUGAUUCAAUUUCCCUCUAUACUAUAUCCCACAAUGAUUUCCUUUCCAAAAUUCAGAUAUUCUACCUCCAGUGACACAUCUUCUGACAGCUCCAACUCUAUAAAUAAAAUGAAAAAGAAAACCUCAAAGAAAUACAUAUACAUCCAAUUACUAAAUGAGUCUGAGAUCUACUACUCCAAGAAGCCAAAACUAUGCAUUCCAUCCUACAAAAUCCAAAAAAAUGAUCCCAAUUUCUAUUUGGAAUACAACUAUCCUUCGCCAAACUACUUGCAGAAAUAUUUCAGCAAACUAGGCUUUUACUUUGAUAUAGAUUUGAUAAAAAGCCCUCUCGAUUUCGGCUACUACAAAGUUUACAACCAGUUUUACUUGGACUCAUUCUCAAACUCUUCUUCUAACUCUUUGAAAUCUAUAGUCUACAAGAAAAAUCUAAAAAAACUAACCUCUUCCAGAAUCAAUAACACCCAUAGCCAUAAUUACACUCUAAAAUUCGGGUGCAAAUGUGGUGAAUGUGGCCAAUUUAUUGAAAUCAUAUUGAAUCAUGAUCUAUUCGACUAUGAUUUUAUUGAAAACAAUGACAGCUUCAUUCCUUACAUUUCAUAUUUUCGUCACUUCAUUCAGAAUCAUAUAUAAUUUUCUCCUAAUCAAUUUUAUCUACCCAUUUAUACCAUACCAUAUCAUACCAUAUCAUAUCAUAUAUCAUACUAUAUCUUAACUUUUCAUUCCAUUUAUCUUAUAUUAAUAUCUAUCUACCUAUCUAAUGAUUCUCACGAUUCUUAUUCUACUUACCAUCCUAUCCUACCCUCCUUUUACUUUCUUUUUCCUCUCGUGUGUAUUAUACAAAUUCUACAUUUCCCUAAUUACUCUAUUAAUCUUAAUCUCAAUCUUAAUCUCAAUUUUUUCUUUUGUUGAUCAAAUUAAAAAUUUUACAUUAAGAUUAACAAUUGUGUGUGUGUGU